GCACAGAUGGCACUUCCAUCAGCGCCUGGCACCCCGCAAGCACUCACAUAUUAGCGACCUCAAAUUAUCUUUUCUCUCACCGGCCACACAAGAGUCUGAACGAAACAGUGACCUGUUACUGCUACCACGCCAUGCUGUAUUCACAAAAUUACAGGUUUCAAGGAUUUCUCCCAAGAAAGUUAAAGCUGUGCGUUUGUGGGCGACGUUUCAGUUAGAUGGAAACCAGCUGGACACCUGUCUGGAUGUCCCCGGCUGAGCGCCCACUCGCCGGCUCUCCUCUCUCCUCCGGUCUCUGCAGCGCUGCGCACCCGGGCACUGUCCAGACCCGCCCCCUCUCCUCGCCUGCGCCCCGAGAACACACCGCCUGCUCCGGCGGGCAGGUCCGAGGGGCACGGCGCGCCGGGUUCUGGAGAUCGACGAGCCGGGUCCCGACGGAGGGCGGUCCUGGUGGGGGCGGCAGGUGGGCUGCGGGUCCGCUUUGCUCCCGGGAGCGCGCGGAAAGCUCGCCCCACGAGCCUCCAGCAGCACGCACUUCUCCGCGACCCCGGAAGUGGGCGUGACGCAACACGUCUCAGCCAAUCAUGAGCUCCCGGCCUUCGCGUCACCGCGAAGCCGGCCAAUGGGCGCGGGCCUGGCCGCCGCUUCCUGCCCGCCCGUUCGGCCGGCCCGCGGGGGAGGGCCGGCUAGGUUUCCCCGCCGCGGAGGAGCAAUCGCCGCGACCGGGCCGCUAGACGCCGGCCGAGCUGUCCCCCAGCUGCCACCGCCAUGCCUGACUCGGUGCUCUGGGCGGUGGAUCUCUUCGGGAGGGUGUACAUGCUCUCCACGGCUGGGCAGUACUGGGAACUGUGCAAGGACACCCAGCUGGAGUUCAAGCGGGUCAGCGCGGCCACUCAGUGCUGCUGGGGCAUCGCGUGCGACAACCAGGUCUAUGUGUACGUGUGCGCCAGCGACGUCCCCAUCCGCCGCCGGGAGGAGGCCUAUGAGAAUCAGCGCUGGAACCCCGUGGGUGGCUUCUGUGAGAAGCUCCUGCCGAGUGACCGCUGGCCGUGGAGUGACGUGAGUGGGCUCCAGCACCGGCCGCUGGAUGGGGUGGCGCUGCCCUCGCUGCACUGGGAGUGGGAGUCAGACUGGUACGUGGAUGAGAAUUUUGGAGGGGAACCCACCGAGAAAGGGGGGUGGACGUAUGCCAUCGACUUCCCUGCCACCUACACCAGGGACAAGAAGUGGAAUUCUUGCGUGCGGAGGCGGCGGUGGAUCCGGUACAGGAGAUACAAGUCCCGCGACUCCUGGGCCAAGAUCCCUUCGAAGGAUGACCCCAAGCAACUGCCCGACCCCUUCAAUGACAUCUCUGUGGGGGGAUGGGAAAUCACAGAUGAGCCCGUGGGCCGCCUGUCUGUGUGGGCCGUGUCUCUGCAGGGAAAGGUGUGGUACAGAGAGGAUGUCAGCCACCCCAACCCCGAGGGCUCAUCCUGGUCCCUCAUGGACACCCCAGCAGAGGCGGCCCAGAUCAGCUGUGGGCCCCACGACCUCCUGUGGGUCACGCUCUGGGAGGGGCAAGCCUUGGUCCGGGAAGGAAUCAGCAGGAACAAUCCCAAAGGAAGUUCCUGGUCCGUGGUGGAGCCUCCCACAUCUGAAAACGGGAUCAUGCACGUCUCGGUGGGAGUCGCUGUGGUCUGGGCCAUCACCAAGGACCGGAAAGUGUGGUUCCGCAGAGGCGUCAAUUCCCACAACCCCUGUGGCACCAGCUGGAUCGAGAUGGUUGGAGAGAUGACGAUGGUGAAUGUGGGGCUGAACGACCAGGUCUGGGGCAUCAGCUGUGACGACCGGGCCAUGUACUUCCGUCAGGGCGUCACCCCGAGCGAGCUCAGUGGGAAGACAUGGAAGGCCAUCGUCGCCGGCCGAGAGAGUGACCGGUCGCACUCCGGCAGCUCCUUGAGUCUCCUCAGCGCUGGCUGCUUCUUUGGCGACGAGGUGAGGGGCAGUGGCGAGUCCUGUGCACCGAGCGACACGGACGCCUCCUCGGAUGCUGAGAGACCGGGGCCUGACCAGCCAGUCCCUGCAGAGUCUCUGGACUGUCCCGGGGACCCCAAGGGCAGCUCGGCCUCCGGCCCAGGCACCAGCAGGACCACAGAGCAUCCCGUGGAGGUCGCCAGCCCUGCCACUCAGACCCCCAGGCCUGAGCCUCGCCCUGGUCCGGCCUCCACCCCGGCUGAGGUGCCCUGGACCAAUAUCGACCUGAAGGAGCCUAAGAAAACGCCCAGCCACCCGGUUGCAGGCCUUCCCGAGACCACGGGGCUCUCUUCGCUGGAGGUCCUCCCCCUGGGCCUGGAGGAGCCCUAUGGCGCCGACGACCACCCGCUCUGGGCCUGGGUGUCUGGAGGAGGCUGUGCCGUGGAGGCUCACUCUGUGCUGAAGUGGUUCUCUGUGCAGUUGGGCCUGUCGCCCUCGGUGCAGACACUUUCCCUGUCCAUCACGCCGGCCCAGACGGCCGCCUGGAGGAAACAGAUCUUCCAGCAGCUCACGGAAAGGACCAAGCGGGAGCUGGAGAACUUCCGACACUACGAGCAGGCCGUGGAGCAGUCGGUGUGGGUGAAGACAGGGACUCUGCAGUGGUGGUGCAACUGGAAGCCCCACAAGUGGGUGGACGUCCGCGUGGCCCUGGAGCAGUUCACGGGGCACGACGGGGCCCGGGACAGCAUCCUCUUCAUCUACUACGUGGUCCACGAGGAGAAGAAGUACAUCCACGUGUUCCUCAACGAGGUGACAGCGCUGGUCCCCGUGCUCAAUGAGGCCAAGCACUCCUUUGCCCUCUACACCCCCGAGAGGACCCGGCAGAGGUGGCCUGUGCGUCUGGCUGCCGCCACAGAGCAGGACAUGAACGACUGGCUCGCCCUGCUCAGCCUGUCCUGCUGCGAGAGCCGGAAGGUGCACGGCCGCCCGUCCCCACAGGCCAUCUGGUCCAUCACCUGCAAGGGAGACAUCUUUGUGAGUGAGCCCAGCCCAGACCUGGAGGACCCCGCGCACCCGCUGCCCUGCGACCAGAUGUUCUGGAGGCAGGUGGGAGGCCACCUGCGGGUGGUGGAGGCCAACAGCCGGGGCGUGGUGUGGGGCAUCGGCUACGAUCACACGGCCUGGGUGUACACGGGCGGCUACGGCGGAGGCUGCUUUCAAGGCCUGGCCAGCAGCUCCAGUAACAUCUACACCCAGUCGGACGUCAAGAGCGUCUAUAUCUACGAGAACCAGCGUUGGAACCCCGUCACAGGCUACACCAGCAGGGGUCUGCCCACCGACCGGUACAUGUGGAGCGACGCCACGGGGCUGCAGGAGUGCACCAAAGCCAGCACGAAGCCCCCGUCCCUGCAGUGGAGCUGGGUUUCUGACUGGUCCAUCGACUUCAGCGUUCCUGGGGGCACUGACCAGGAAGGGUGGCAGUACGCCAGUGACUUCCCUGCCUCAUACCACGGGUACAAAACCAUGAAGGAUUUUGUCAGGAGAAGGUGCUGGGCCAGGAAAUGCAAGCUGGUGACCAGUGGACCCUGGCUGGAGGUGGCCCCCAUUGCCCUCGGGGACGUGUCCAUCAUCCCCGAGAGCCCGGGCGCCAGUGGGAACGGGCACAGCGUCGCGCUCUGGGCCGUCAGUGACAAAGGGGACGUGCUGUGCCGCCUGGGUGUGUCCGAGCUCAACCCCGCGGGCUCCUCCUGGCUGCACGUGGGCACCGACCAGCCCUUCGCCUCCAUUUCCAUCGGGGCCUGCUACCAGGUGUGGGCCGUGGCGAGGGACGGCUCUGCCUUCUACCGGGGCUCGGUGUCCCCCUCCCAGCCGGCCGAGGCCGGCCACCCCCGCCUCAACCCUGUGAGCUGCAGAGGAAGCCAUGUGCUCCACGAGCCCGGGCACCGCAGGUUUGGUGUUUCCCAGCUGCUUCCGACGUCCCAUCUCCCGUCGCAGGUGACUGCUGGUACCACAUCCCGUCUCCUCCCAAACAGAGGCUCAAGCAGGUGUCUGUGGGCCAGACGGCCGUCUACGCCCUGGACGAAAACGGUCUGGGUCAUCGCCAACAAAGUCCAGGGGAGCCACAGCCUGAGCCGGGGAACCGUGUGUCAUCGCACGGGCGUGCAGCCCCACGAACCCAAGGGGCAGGGCUGGGACUACGGCAUCGGGGGUGGCUGGGAUCACAUCUCCAUCAGGGCCAAUGCCACCAGGGCCCCCAGGAGCGCGUCCCAGGAGACAGCCGGCGAGCGGAGCGGGGAGCAGGGUCUCCCCAGUGGGCCCGCGCAGGUGGCCGGCGCCCUGCAGGAGUCGCUCGGCCCCAUCUGCUGCUGAGGCCGCCUCCCCUCACGUGGAAGCGAGAGUGGUGCCCGGUUUGAAGGAUGAAGAUUGAUGCCUGAGUCUUCCUGUGCUGAAAUGCGGAUCCUCGAGACUCGAGCGGGAACCUGGCCUGAGGUUGCGGCCGCCUCGGAGGCACUAACUGAGAAAGCCCAGAAAUGUGAAGCUUUGUGGAUGCCCCACACAUGUCCCUGGUCUGCGAGGAGAGCUUGGAGCGUAGGGUGGAGGGUAGGGGCCCCUUCCCCUCUGCCUCCCAGCGUGGGAAAUGGAUCCGGGAGCCUUCCAGGGGCGCUGCCCCCGGGGAAGCGGAGCUGCACAGGAGUCCCCGAGCCCCGGGCGUCCCCAAGCAGCAUCAGGGCCCUGCCGCCUCCCCGUGAAAAACGGCUGUGGGGCUCAGCGCUGCUUUGGGCUGUGCUGUGGUCAUUUCUCAGAGCAGGACUUGAAAAUACAGUUUCAUUUCAAAGGUUAGGGAAGGAGUUGGCAGGUUGGGAAUAAAUGCUGGAGGGGGCAUCUUCUUCCCCCGGUGGGCACGGGCCCUCCUGGAGUGGAUGAAGGACAGCGGGGCUGCCCCAGGACCAUGAGAAGGUGCCAGCCCUUCCCCAGACGAGGUUAGGGGGCAGGGGGCUCAGUGGAGAGGGAGGGAGUGGGGAUGAAGGGAGGGCUGUGGAGGCCACAUCAUCCCCCCUGGGGCAAGUCGGGCCAGGCCAGGAGGAAAGCACCUCUCAGUGGCCCUGGUCCCACCGGGCAGCUUUUUAUCCCUCCCGGCCCCACCUGGUGACGUCUGCCGUCUGCUUCCUACAACCACACCCUUUGCCCCAGUCAUCAGAGCUCAGGUCAGUCUCUGCUCCUUUUGAGAUGGAACCAACUGUCCCCAGCUCUGCGGGCAUUCCCUCGGGAGGGGUCCGCUCUGUGUUUGAUCCCGUUUUGCUGUGUGGUGUGUGGUGUUGUCACCCUGAAGCUGACGCUAAGGAGGUCUCCUGUGGGGUCCCCUCCCACGGGGCUUUGAGGGAGCCCGUGGUCCCUGCGUUGGCCAUGUGUCCUGGAGAUAGGACCAGGAGGCAUGAGUCUGGGUGCAGAGUGGAGUGACGCCCUCUUGUCUGUCUACACUGCAUGGCAGGCUUUCUCCAAAUGGGCAUUAUGAGUUUCUUCUAUGGCAGCAACCUGUUGACCUGUCGUUCUGCUGGGACUCUGUCUGUAGCUGGUUUCACCCUGCCCUUUCUCCAGGGCGACCGUCCUCUCACUGCUGAGCACCAACUGUUUACCUGCUCAGCAUCAGCGAACAUCUGGAUUCCUCAGAUGCUUCGUUCAAUAAAAACUUGCACCAGAGUGUAAA